GAGCAGAGCUGAUCAGUAGAAUGUGCAUUUGCAUCCUUGCAGGCUGGUUAUAACACAAGGUCCUUAAAUGAAAUAGACCUAUUGUAAAAGGAAAACAGAGGCCCUCAUCAAAAUAUGUUGCUGGUGUUGCUGUGCUGGUUUGUCGGGGUCACAGUGCUUUUAUACAUCUUGUACUCCUGGCUCAUCCCUGCUGUUGUGCAGUUCAACGGCAGUCUCGCGUUACUCUGGCACGAUGUCAUCGUUGAGCGUGCUCUUGAUACUCUGACCAGAUCUACACGACCACAGCGUCUGCUGAAAGCAGUACAGAAGAAUGCAACCCGAGGUGACCCUCAGAGUGUGAUCUCGGCCAUUGAUCAUUUCUGCCGACACAGUGAAUGGGCUAUGAACAUUGGAGACGAAAAAGGUACUAUCCUGGACUCAGUGGUGAAUGAGCUGAACCCAGAAAAGGUCCUAGAGUUGGGCACAUACUGUGGAUACUCUACAGUGCGCAUCGCUCGUCUUCUUCCUCCUGGAGCUCGUCUGAUAACACUGGAGUUCAAUGGUGAUUAUGCUGCAAUUGCACGACAAGUAAUCGCCUGGGCAGGUCUUGAAGACAGAGUGCAGCUUGUAGAAGGCGCGUCUGAAGAUUGGAUCCCGCGCAUGAAGGAGCACUUUGGAAUUGAAACAUUUGAUUUAGUUUUUCUGGACCACUGGAAGGACCGUUACCUCCCUGACACAAAAUUAAUGGAGGAUUGUGGUCUACUAAGGAAAGGCACCGUUCUGCUUGCUGAUAAUGUGAUCUGUCCGGGAGUCCCAGACUAUCUUCAAUAUGUGCGCAAUAGCCUUUCCUAUAAAAGCUGCUAUUUUAAAUCCCAUUUAGAGUACACCAAGGCAGAGGACGGCUUGGAGAAGUCUGUGUUUUUGGGCUAGAGAUAUACAUAGAUGGUUCAUAUGCUUAAAAAGAGGACCUUUUAUGCUAAGAGUUUCUCAGACCUAACAUGAGGUGUAUUUUGAGUCCUAAGACUUGCUGUACUUAAAGUCUGUGAAUCAGGACACAUAGUUCUGCAUUUUAUUUGUUCAAACAAGAGUUUUUACCACUCUCUACCACUAGAGGGUAGGAUCACAUUUAAAAUGGCUAGAUGAAAUAUGUGACUGUGUCUAGACCCCCUCUUACAAUGUAGCUAACCAGAAAUUUUAUCUUCAAAAAAAUCAAGCAGUUUUAUAUCAAUGACUUUUAUAUCGCAUAUUUGUAUGUGACUUUUUAGGAUAUUUUACAGUUAUUCUGUAAUAAUUGAAACAAUGCCACAUUGUAUUCAUGAAAAUAUGCAUGUCAGCAGCACAAUGUAAUUUAGAGUGUGUUCAUUUUAGCUGUUUUUGCAGUAUUGAUAAUGGCUUUUAAUGGAUUGCAGAUUUAUUUAUGUUUUAGUGCAUAUUCUUGUAUACUUUAAUGUUGCUAUUUAUUUGUCUCUGGAAUUUUUUUAUUAAUUAAACUUUUUAAAGUCAUAGGUAAUUAGCUUUUUAAUCUAUAAUCUAUGUUACUGUAUAUUUUAUUUCAUCUCUUAGUGUUAACUAAGUUAUAAAAAACACAUUUUCAUUACUUCACCAUUGCUUUUUUGUUGUCUCAAAACACAAAACUAUGAAGAUAUAACAGACAAUU